AUGGCAGGAAACUGCGGGCCCACUGCUUGCCUAAACAGUAUGGACAAACUGUGCACAAGUUGCCUCAGCCAAUUCCUCCAGGACCAUUGUGCGUCGAACAAUAUUGUGACUGAUGAAGAGGCGGGUGGAAAGCAGGGAAUGCGGUGGGGUGCUGAAUCAGUUUUAAUAAACAAAGCUGUACUGACUGAAAUUGCAUCCACAUCGCCAACAACAAAACUAACUCCAUCAUCAUCAUCAUUGUCAUCAUCGUCAUCGUCAUCAUCAUUAUCAUCAUCAUCGUCAUCAUCAUCAUCAUCGUCAUCAUCAUCGUCAUCAUCAUCAUCAUCAUCAUCAUCGUCAUUGUCAUCAUCGUCAUCGUCAUCAUCAUUGUCAUCAUCAUCGUCAUCAUCAUCAUCAUCCACAUCAUCAUCAUCAUCACCAUCAUCGUCAUCAUCAUCAUCAUCAUCGUCAUCAUCAACAUCAUCAUCGUCGUCGUCAUCAUCAUCGUCAUCAUCAUCAUCAUCAUCAUCAUCAUCAUCAUCAUCAUCACCAUCAGCAGCAAUAGCAGCAUGUUCAACGUCAUCAUCACCUCGACCGUCAGCACUAUCCCCCAACACCACCACCACCACCAGCAUUACCACAAGCCCUAC